CGGCUGCCUUCAUAAACGUCAGCUGGCAGCGCUUCACAUGGGCACGACACCACUUCCAGAAUGGCAGGCUUGCGUCCGUUGCCUUUUGAGAUGACGCUCACCUGGGUCGUGUGUUCCGGACUGCUCGGUUCGUGCCAUGUUGCUGCAGAGGAUCCGCUUACAGCACGGCCGCCAUGGUUGCGCAGGACGCCAAGUUUGGACACAACCAGCCAGCUCAUCUGGCAACAUGGAUCCAGCAUGACUACGGUGGACGCAACCGGCUGCCUUCAUAAACGUCAGCUGGCAGCCGCUUCACUUGGGCACGACACCACUUCCAGAAUGGCAGGCUUACGUCCGUUGCCUUUUGAGAUGACGCUCACCUGGGUCGUGUGUUCCGGACUUCUCGGUUCGUGCCGUGUUGCUGCAGAGGAUCCGCUUACAGCACGGCCACCAUGGUUGCGCAGGACGCCAAGUUUGGACACGACCAGCCAGCUCAUCUGGCAACAGGGAUCCAGCACGACUACGGUGGACGCAACCGGCUGCCUUCAUAAACGUCAGCUGGCAGCAGCUUCACUUGGGCACGACACCACUUCCAGAAUGGUUGGCUUACGUCCGUUGCCUUUUGAGAUGACGCUCACCUGGGUCGUGUGUUCCGGACUGCUCGGUUCGUGCCAUGUUGCUGCAGAGGAUCCGCUUACAGCACGGCCGCCAUGGUUGCGCAGGACGCCAAGUUUGGACACGACCAGCCAGCUCAUCUGGCAACAGGGAUCCAGCACGAGUACGGCGGACGCAACCGGCUGCCUUCAUAAACGUCAGCUGGCAGCCGCUUCACUUGGGCACGACACCACUUCCAGAAUGGCAGGCUUACGUCCGUUGCCUUUUGAGAUGACGCUCACCUGGGUCGUGUGUUCCGGACUGCUCGGUUCGUGCCAUGUUGCUGCAGAGGAUCCGCUUACAGCACGGCCGCCAUGGUUGCGCAGGACGCCAAGUUUGGACACGACCAGCCAGCUCAUCUGGCAACAGGGAUCCAGCACGAGUACGGCGGACGCAACCGGCUGCCUUCAUAAACGUCAGCUGGCAGCCGCUUCACUUGGGCACGACACCACUUCCAGAAUGGCAGGCUUACGUCCGUUGCCUUUUGAGAUGACGCUCACCUGGGUCGUGUGUUCCGGACUGCUCGGUUCGUGCCAUGUUGCUGCAGAGGAUCCGCUUACAGCACGGCCGCCAUGGUUGCGCAGGACGCCAAGUUUGGACACAACCAGCCAGCUCAUCUGGCAACAUGGAUCCAGCACGACUACGGUGGACGCAACCGGCUGCCUUCAUAAACGUCAGCUGGCAGCAGCUUCACUUGGGCACGACACCACUUCCAGAAUGGUUGGCUUACGUCCGUUGCCUUUUGAGAUGACGCUCACCUGGGUCGUGUGUUCCGGACUGCUCGGUUCGUGCCAUGUUGCUGCAGAGGAUCCGCUUACAGCACGGCCGCCAUGGUUGCGCAGGACGCCAAGUUUGGACACGACCAGCCAGCUCAUCUGGCAACAGGGAUCCAGCACGAGUACGGCGGACGCAACCGGCUGCCUUCAUAAACGUCAGCUGGCAGCCGCUUCACUUGGGCACGACACCACUUCCAGAAUGGCAGGCUUACGUCCGUUGCCUUUUGAGAUGACGCUCACCUGGGUCGUGUGUUCCGGACUGCUCGGUUCGUGCCAUGUUGCUGCAGAGGAUCCGCUUACAGCACGGCCGCCAUUGUUGCGCAGGACGCCAAGUUUGGACACAACCAGCCAGCUCAUCUGGCAACAUGGAUCCAGCAGGACUACGGUGGACGCAACCGGCUGCCUUCAUAAACGUCAGCUGGCAGCCGUUUCACUUGGGCACGACACCACUUCCAGAAUGGCAGGCUUACGUCCGUUGCCUUUUGAGAUGACGCUCACCUGGGUCGUGUGUUCCGGACUGCUCGGUUCGUGCCAUGUUGCUGCAGAGGAUCCGCUUACAGCACGGCCGCCAUCGUUGCGCAGGACGCCAAGUUUGGACACGACCAGCCAGCUCAUCUGGCAACAGGGAUCCUGCACGACUACGGUGGACGCAACCGGCUGCCUUCAUAAACGUCAGCUGUCAGCAGCUUCACUUGGGCACGACACCACUUCCAGAAUGGACGCCAAGUUUGGACACAACCUGCCAGCUCAUCUGGCAACAUUGAUCCAGCACGACUACGGUGGACGCAACCGGCUGCCUACAUAAACGUCAGCUGGCAGCCGCUUCACUUGGGCACGACACGACUUCCAGAAUGGCAGGCUUACGUCCGUUGCCUUUUCAGGUUAGUUACCUGAAAGGUGCUGCUUGCGGUAAAUCCAGUAAUUAUUGCUUGUUGGUGGUGUCGUGCCCACGAGACCUGAAUGAUGUGUUCAAACAGUUCUUGGCUCUUGCGUGUGAAAUAUUGACACGUGUAUUUAUAUUUAU